AGUCGAAGGUCGCCACCGCGUGGAGGCAGCGACUGUGCGCUGGAUCAGAGAGCGAUCCGGGAUUUUUCCCGCUGCGCCCAUCGCCGGGACAUCACAAGCGGGCACCUGAGUAAAGGAACAGUUCCGGGUCUUGCUGCCAGGAGCGCGCGGCUCACACCUGAUCCGACACCCCGCAAACCCGGUGGCUCCUGAGCGAGCACCGCAGACCCGGAGCACCCCACCUCCGGGAGCAUCCGGCGACCGACCGCGCCCUGAGCCUGGAGCACCCCCGCGACCUGGGGUCCUCCCGCGGCAGCGCGCACCGCGACCUGCGCCGACCGCGUCUCACAGCCAGGGCCGCACGGCGCUUUUUCUUUUUCACUUUCGGUGUGUCCCCCCUUCCACGCCCCGGUUGUGUUCUCGUAACUCUCUCGGGUUCCCUUAUCUCAUCGAUCACUCUCUGUCCCGCCCCGCAGCCGCGCCUCUUUCCAAUUUCACAGCUGCCCGGGGCUCCAAGCAGGGGAUCACCUUUUCUCACCUGCUGUGUGAAUGCCGCCUCGCAGCGAGGAUCGGUGCGAAAGAGGGACAAACGCCUGCGCCCCAGCCUCGGGGACACCCCCCUGAAGAGAAACCAUUUGAUGCAGAAGCAUAAACAUGCAUUGUGGAGAGUUAUUCAUGACUCUUUUGUUUCUUGUGGUUAAAAGCAACUCAGAAGAAACGUGUAUUUCACGUUCCAAUAUUAACGCGGUAGAAGGGGAACCUUUCUAUCUGAAACAUUGCUCCUCUUCACUUGCACAUGAAAAUGAGAAAACCUUCAUAAGAUGGUACAAAAGCACCGGAUCACAUGGACACGCGGAGCUCAGCCCAAGCAGUUCUCCCAGAAUUGCUUUGCAUGACUACAUUUUGGAAUUCUGGCCACUUGAGUUAGAAGAUCAGGGCUCUUACUUUUUCCAAAUGGGAAAUGAUACUCAGGAGUGGACAUUAACCGUCACCAGAAGAAGCAAACAUAGCUGUUUUAAUGAAAAACAAGUAACUAGUAAGCAUGUGGAAGUUAAGAAAGCUUUUCGGAUAUCGUGUGAAAAUGGUUACUAUCAGAAACUGAUCAAAAAAACAUCAUUGUAUAAGAACUGUGAAAAUGUAACUGAAAGCAAUUCUAAUAACCUAUUAAUACAGAAGAAGGCUGAAUUUAAAGACCAGGGAUUUUACUCCUGUGUGUUUUCUCUUCAACGUAAUGGAAAAUUUUAUAACAUCACCAAAACCUACAACAUAACAAUAGUUGAAGAUCAGAGGAACUUGGUUCCAUUUCUUCUUGGAUCGAAGAUUAAUUAUGUCGAAGUGGAACUAGGAAAAGAUGUACAGCUCAAUUGCUCGGCUUUGAUGAAUGAAAAGGAUACAAUUUAUUGGAACUUCUGGAAAGAAAAGGAGCCAUUUACUAAUGUACAUGAAGAGAAAAAAAAGACAACAUGGAUCUCAGAAGGCAAACCUCAUGCUUCAAAAUUACUGAGAAUUGAGAAGGUUAAUGAAAAAAAUCUAAAUUUUUUAUAUAAUUGUACUGUGGUCAAUCAGGAAAACACAGACACCAAAAGUUUCAUCUUGUUGAGAAAAGCAAGCAAAGAUGAUAUCCCAGGCCACAUCUUCACUGGAGGAAUGAUCGUAGCAAUUUUGAUCUCAGUGGUGGUAGUGUGCCUAGUGAUUAUGGGUAUCACCUAUAGAGUUGACUUGGCUCUAUUUUAUAGACACUUAAUGAGAAGAGAUGAAACAUUAACAGAUGGAAAAACAUACGAUGCUUUUGUGUCUUACCUAAAAGGUGGUUCCUCGGAGACUGGAGACGAGUAUACUUUUGCUGUGGAGACUUUGCCCAGGGUGUUGGAAAAACAUUUUGGGUACAAGUUAUGCAUAUUUGAGAGGGAUGUGGUCCCUGGAGGAGCUGUUGUUGAUGAAAUCCACUCACUGAUAGAGCAAAGUCGAAGACUGAUCAUCGUCCUCAGUAAAAGUUACAUGUCCAAUGAAGUCAGAUAUGAACUUGAAAGCGGACUCCACGAAGCAUUGGUGGAACGAAAAAUUAAAAUAAUCUUAAUUGAAUUUACCCCUGCGAGUGACUUCACAUUCUUGCCUCAAUCAGUCAAGCUCUUGAAAUCCCACAGAGUGCUGAAAUGGAAGGCUGAUGAGUCUCUUUCCUAUAACUCAAGGUUCUGGAAAAAUCUUCUUUAUUUGAUGCCUGCAAAAGCCACCAAGCCAGGCAAAGGAGAGGCAGAAGCCUAUCCUGUUCUUUCAGCAUGUUGAGCUUUAGGAACGAGGAGUGUUGCCAAGAACUCCAGCUGUUUCUGGGAUAGCUGUUCUGGGCACCAGCGUGGGAGCCUGCUCAUAACAAAGGCUGCUAUUCAAAAUAUAUGACUCUGAACAUCCUACUCAAGUUCAAAGAUGAGAUCUGUCCUUAGGCCAUCGGGGAUAAGACUGCCAACACUGAGCUGUGGUCACGUACUUCCGGAAAACCCUGGCAUGCAAAAGAAAUGGAUGGAGCUCCUCUUUCUCCCUCUUCUGAAACCGCUUGCAUCUGCUCACACUGACAAGAUGAUUCAACAAGCGUGAGGCUGGGAACCGUGCCAAUGAACUUUCGCCUUACUCCAAGAAUUUAAGAAUUUUCAGUGCUGCCGAUUAAUUUGAAGUAGAGGAUUUUAAGGGCGGGAAAAGCCAUUUUUUUAUCAACUGCCAGAUGGUGGUCGCUGGAGUGCUGCCUUAAUUCCCCAGCACUGGUUCUCAAUCUCUCAAUGCUGUGAACCCUGUGGGGACGUGGAAGGAAAGAGAGGCCCGACUGUGUGCAGAGCAGGGAAGUGAGGCAGGAGCCUGCUGUAAGCAGGGCCUGAACCUCACGAAAUGCAUCCUGUAUCCCAGCCACAGGUUCAAGGUAAGAGUCCUCGGAACCCCAGAGAGGUGCUGCACAGCCUGGUGUAUUCGGACCUGUUCAUGAGAACUUUUACAAGGAAACCCCAAACUGAAUUACUUUUCAUGAAAAACCCACAUUUUAAUUCAUAGAAUUCUCUGGGUCAUUUGCUCAUAAUGUCCUAAAAUGUUUGUUGAUUGUAUGUAAAUACUCAUAUCCAGGAUGGGUGCAGUUCAUAAGAUCAUGCGAGAUACUGAACUGCAAGGAAAAAAUAAUCGUUAUUUGAUUUUUUAAAAAAUUACAUUGAUUUAAAAAAAUUACAUUUUUAAAAAUGCCAUUAUUAAGGAAGUAGCAUGGCAUGGUGGCGGAAGGUCUGGCUGUAUAAUCCCUCCUGAGCUCCAGUCUUGAGUUUGCUACUUAAUCUGUAACCUCUGGAACUUUACCUAACCUCUCUGUGCCUCCUUUCCUCAUUGUAAAGUUAGAAUUUGUAAUAGUUGUACCUACUUCCUAAGGUUACUGAGUGAAUAAAAUAUUUACAACUGACUUACCACUGAAGUGUUGCUAUCACUACUGUUGCUGUGACUGAUCAUUAUUUAGAUCAGUUGUUUAGCAGGGGAUCAAAUAGAAGCCAUGAAGCUGGAAAGGGAAGCAGAUCUGGCGAGGAAGGCAUGUAACUUGAGGACUUUAGCAAAUUGAUGGAAAUAUAAGGAGAGACAUAUUAAUAGGGCAAAUGAUAUACCUCCGCUAUACUUUUGGCCUUAGAAGUCCUACAUCUGUCUCCCUAAAAGGAUCUCAGCUCUGUGGGCCUUUUUGAUGGCCUCAGAAGUAAUGGCUGUCCAUGAAAAUCACCAAAUGAAUCGCUGGGCCUGGUGCACACCACCAGUUCAAAGCCAGCCUCAGCAACUUAGCAAGGCCCUAAGAAACUUAGCAAGACCGUAUUUGGAAAUGGAAAA